AUGACCGAAGCAGAGGCGGCAGGUUCAGGUAACCUCGUAAUGGGUUAUUGUGUGAUUUCUAGGAUGAGAUGCUGCGUGUUAUAUGAUUCUGGAGUGACACACUCCUUUGUGUCAGAUGCUUGUGUGAAAAAGUUGGGUCUGUCGGUGUGUAAGUUGCAGUGUGAACUUGUGGUAUCUACUCCGACAUCGGGUUUGGUCAGGACGUCGUCCUUGUGUGCUAGGUGUCCUGUGGUGGUGGAAAGACGCAAAUAUAGGGUGAAUCUGAUAUGUCUACCUCUCCAAGAGUUGGAAGUGAUCCUAGGGAUGGAUUCACUCUCUGCCAACUGCAUUCUUAUAGACUGUCGGGAGAAGAGGUUGUUGUUUCCCGAUUCAGAGGAGCUCGAGUUGGUGUCUCCUCAAGGGGUGGUGAGGGAGAUUCAGAGUGGCGCGUAA